UCUCUAAUCGAGAGAAUCGAAUCGAUAAAACUUUAUUUUCCGGCGGCUUUGGUCUGUGUGAUCGUUAACCAAAUCCGAGCAAGUAUCGAACGCCAUACCGGAGAUGUCUAGCUCAGGCCAAACGCAGUUCCGCUAUACUCAGACGCCGUCGAAGGUGGUGCAUCUGCGGAAUCUUCCAUGGGAAUGCGUGGAGGAAGAGCUCAUCGACCUUUGCAAACGAUUCGGCAAGAUCGUGAAUACCAAGAGCAACGUCGGCGCCAAUCGCAACCAAGCUUUCGUCGAAUUUGCUGACUUGAACCAAGCUAUAUCAAUGGUUUCGUAUUAUGCUUCAUCUUCAGAGCCCGCACAGAUUCGGGGCAAAACUGUCUACAUCCAGUACUCUAAUCGGCAUGAAAUUGUAAACAAUCAGAGUCCUGGAGAUGUCCCUGGAAAUGUCCUCUUGGUUACCUUUGAAGGAGUGGAAUCUCACGAAGUGAGCAUCGAUGUUAUCCAUCUGGUAUUUUCUGCUUUCGGAUUCGUGCACAAAAUUGCCACUUUUGAGAAAGCUGCUGGUUUCCAGGCACUAGUUCAAUUUAGUGAUGUGGAAACUGCAUCUGCAGCAAGAAAUGCUUUAGAUAGCAGAAGUAUACCCAGAUAUUUGCUCCCGGAACAUGUUGGUUCGUGCAAUUUGCGAAUGUCUUAUUCAGCUCAUACUGAUCUCAACAUCAAGUUUCAGUCCCACCGGAGCAGAGAUUACACAAAUCCAUACCUUCCAGUGAAUCAUACGGCAAUGGAUGGGUCUAUGCAGCCUGCAUUAGGUGCUGACGGCAAGAAAGUGGAAUCUCAGAGCAACGUCCUUCUUGGUCUGAUUGAGAACAUGCAGUAUGCUGUCACUGUGGAUGUUCUUCAUACGGUGUUUUCCGCGUAUGGAACUGUCCAGAAGAUUGCUAUAUUUGAGAAGAAUGGUUCAACGCAAGCCUUAAUUCAGUACUCUGAUAUAGCAACGGCGGCAAUAGCUAAAGAAGCACUGGAAGGACACUGCAUAUAUGACGGUGGCUACUGUAAGCUUCGACUAUCAUACUCUCGUCAUACUGAUCUCAAUGUUAAGGCUUUUAGCGACAAAAGCAGAGACUAUACACUCCCUGAUCUAAGCUUGCUGGUGGCCCAAAAGGCGCCCGGAGUCUCGGCUUCUGCGCCAGCAGGUUGGCAGAAUCCGCAGGUGCAAACUCAAUACGGAGGUUAUGGUGGAAGCCCAUAUAUGUACCCACCAUCUGAUCCCAAUGGGGCUUCACCUUCAGGUCAUCCUCCUCCAUACUAUGGUUGAGAUAUUGUUUACUACAAUUUCGGAUUUUGCUGUCGCCUAAAGACAGAACUGGGAGUGUUUCCAUGUUAGUUUUCACCAGUGUUAAAUUUCAGGUAAAAGUGUGAUUGUUCUUUUUGGUUAAAUAGACAUAUUUAAGUGGGGAAACCAAGUAAUAAAUUUAAAAAGCCAGUGUUGCGCCUA